ACAAUCAAAGAUCACACGCCGCAACGAGGCAACGGAUAAAAUAACAACUUAUAUUAUAUAUGAAUUGCAAACUGUUUAAAAUAACAACAUCAUAAACGGUAUUACAUUACACCUAAAUCGAACUUUAUUAUAAAUAUUGUAUAAUUACGAGCAAAGCUCAUCGAUCGAUCGACUGCAGCUUGGCAAUCAAUCAGUCGCGAUAUAGUCGUAGUCGUCAUUUCCGGAAACGCUUUUAUUUCGUACAAUCUGUAAAUAAUAUAAUACUCUAUCGUCUCAAUGGACAGACGCGAUUUGGCCGACGAAUUGACGAACUCGUCGGACCGCAAACAACCUCUGAAGACGACCGUCAGCAUGCCGAUACUCGGGCAUAGGGCUGCAGCAAAUAACGUCGAAAACCGGCGUGAGAGGCGUCAGCUGGUCGGAAAAACAGAAGAUGUGUCCAUAUUGCCCGUCGGCGGAGACGACGACGACCUGCCGAGAGCAUCUCUGACCAAGUCGACGAGCUGUUACUACGUGCAGCAGACGGACGCACAACCGUCGUCCRACUGCAAACUGCAGACCCGAUCCGACAACCAAUGAGUUUUUGAUGGUGACUCGUAGACAUAAUAACAUAACAUGUAUGAUGGGUAUAAUAUUGUACUACGAUGUAUUAACAUCGAGAAAAAAUAAUUACAUAGUAAUAUAAUAAGUUUCUACC